ACUAAUAUUAACUCUUAAACAGCAUGUAUAACUACUUCUAUUACACCUACAGACCCACUCAGCUGUGGCACCACACAAAGGGUGUCUAAAGUAUCUGGAUGCCAAACUGCUGAAGCUCCUGAAAUACGCUUUCUGCCACUGUGUAUUGUAGGAUCAACUGAAUUUCAAUGGUGCCUUGCUGCUUGUGCCUAGAUCCUAGUGGGACUUGCAAUUUAAGCAUUUCUCCCUGUGUCUUGCUUCAAAGAUUUAAUCCUUUGAGCCUGUCCAGAAUACUUGGACUCUAGGCCUUGAACAAAUCAUGAAGAAAAGAAAGAAGUAAUUCAGAUCCACAUUAGGAUCUCUCUUUUUUCUUGAUGUGGAGUAAGAAUUUAAACCUAGCUGUUUCAAGAGAGUGCCCUCAGAUCACAAAGGGAGGAGCUACUUUGUGUAAGGCCCUUCCUACUGGAAAUGUUCUAGCUGAAUGCUUGUUCAGCCAGGGUGCCCUUGAAGAGCAAGCAUGAGGGGUGGGACCUGAAAGAGUCCAUGCUCUAAAGACUACCUAAUUCCAGAGUUGAUCUCUCCGUAUCUCCUGUUGACAUUGUUCCACCUAAUAUAAAAAGAAUCACAUUAUAGGUAUGAGACCAUCUCCUGUCCCAGAUGAGUAUUCUAACAACGGUGCUAUAUAAAGUUCAAAGAACCCUGAUUUGGUACUUAGCAGUGGAAGAAACAGAUAAGUCAGGGUCAGUACAACUACAGGUGACUGUUAAACUACUGGCAGGAGAAUGAGGAAGUAACUGUGAAUAUUGCUGUUUGACCAACAGAAAGCCACACAUUUCUUUACAGGUAUUUAGAAAUACUAAUUGUGGAUUGCAAGGCAGGAAUUUCUUAAGAUUUUUGUCUCUUCCCUGUUGGUGACUGAAUAAUUCUGGUUACUAAAGUCAAUUUACAAAUGAGAGGAUUAAAAAAUUGAGGAAGGCAAAUCUAGAUCUGAAGACUAAAGGUUUUAGCUGCAUUUAUCAUGAAGAGGUUGAGACCUUUACUACAAGCUAUGGUACUUAGGUGUCCCUUUGCCUUGUUACUUAUUGCCCCCAACAGAGGUCAGAUAAGAUCUGAAGACCUGAAUUUCAAAGUCUAGUAAAAAAAGGCCAGCUUUCAAUGUCAUUUAUCUGCUUUUGGUAGUGCAGUUUCCCUGUGCCCACUGGAUAAACUGUACAAACUGUACCUCAAAGUUUUCCAGGUUAGCUGUAAAACCCACAUGCUCAUAUUAGUUCUACCAUGAAAGCAAGAACAAUAUGUAGGCACUGUAGUGCAGAGGGUAUUUUAUGCUUCAUCAUUUAGGGAGAGAUUAGCACUCCUGAUGAAUCAGUCCUUGUCUAAGAAGGCUGCAUCUGCAACUUUCCUCCCCAAUUAUGCCUGCUCGAUGCACUAUGCAGUCCAUCCCACUAGUGAAUGGCUCCACAGCCCCACUGCAUCCGCAUCUCUGAUAAACCUAGCUUUGCUUCAGGCACUGUAUAAGAAUAUAGGGCAAACAGCAUGACAAGUUUACUCGUAUUGAUAUAUGAAUGCUAUAUUGGCAUAUUUCAGCCCUUGAUUAGAAGAACCACCUUUGCAGAGUCAGAGAAUAGUUUAGUAGUCAUGCCAAUUAAAACUUCUUCAUCUACUAAGGCUAUUUUUGUUAGGCUGUUAACGGUGAUAAGUUUAUAAAGAAUGAUAACUGUGCAGUAAAAACAGGACUUUGAUUGAUAAUAUCUGAUAAUAACUAUGAGUAGCAGAGUUUAGAUAGCCAACUCCCUUUUCAGUAGGUACUGGGACAGAAUUUAAAAGGGAUUCUUCUGACAUAACAUUACUCUGUCCUCUUAUGGUAAGGUCGUCGUUUCCACACAGUGUAAGAAUUUGACAUGUUUAGAGUGAUGCUGUAUGUAUUGGGAAAUUCCCAAAUACCCAAGAUUUGGUUUGGAUUGCUACAGAGCAGAGGAAGAGGAAGCAAAAGGGGGUGGGGAAAGGUUAAAAAAGAAAGAGAAAAAUGCAGGAGAGCUUGCAGUCUCAGUGCUUAGAGACUGUGUGUAGUACAUUGACAACAUGAAGUCUUUGCUAAUCCUUGGGUUUUGCCUCCUACCCCUGGUCGCUCAGGGGAAAAUCUAUGAAAGGUGUGAGCUGGCAGCAGCUAUGAAGCGUCUUGGACUGGAUAACUUCCGGGGAUACAGCCUGGGACACUGGGUGUGUGCAGCAAAAUUUGAGAGCGGCUUUGACACAAGGGCCAUAAACCGUAACCGUGAUGGAAGUACUGACUAUGGGAUUUUACAGAUCAACAGCCGUUGGUGGUGCAAUGAUGGUAGGACCUCAAGGGCCAAGAACGCGUGCAAUAUCUCGUGCUCAGCACUGUUGAGCUCAGACAUAACAGCGUCUGUAAACUGCGCAAAGAGGGUUGUCAGCGAUAAAAAUGGCAUGAAUGCAUGGAAAGCGUGGAAAAAGCACUGCAAAGGAAGGGAUGUCUCCCAGUGGAUCAGAGGCUGCAGACUAUGAGGCACUGGUGUUUAGCAGAGCUUAUUCUCCGUUCAGGUGAACAACUUCCACACAAAGCAAACCUUUCUCCAACACGCUUCUUUGUAGAGUUGAUUGUGAUCAAAAUAAAAUUCAGGCGAAUUACUGCAACACGGCUAAUUCAUGAAGAGUCAGUGUUUUAUUGCUGGCUGAUGACAUGGCUGAUACUUCCACCCAGCUGCCUGGCUUGCGUUCCGUACCGCUUGUUUGGCAUUUUUGUAGCAGCGUAGACAUGAGCAUAAACCAAAUCUGUUUUAACUGAAAUCUUGUUGUUCGGUUUUGUGACUGCGUACUAAUAUGAUAUUUGCUUGACAGCUUAAAUGUAUUAAUCAUUAAAAUAUACCUGCAUAU